UAGCUUCUAAAAAUGCCCUUAGCGAUAUAGGUCCUCUGUUUUUCACUGUGUAUUACAUGAUCACACCUUUUGUUUAAGACCUAGCUUAGCCUUACCCAGUAGCAGGCUAGCGCUGGCUAUUUUAGCCAACAGUCUAGAUAGUGUUGAAAUGAGGAAUGAGGCUAGCUGUCGUGUUAGCAGCGGUGACUGUGUGGUCAUUUUUUAGGUUAUGUGUAAGGAUGGAUGACUAGUGACCUGUCAAAAAUGUCAACAUCAUUUGUGGGUGUGGCUGUGGGACUUCACAUCCUUACGUCGUUGUGCAGCUUGAGUUAGCUAACGGCUAACAGGUAACGAUUUUGGGUAGUUGUUAGCUAAAAUAAAACGAAUGCUACGAGCGGAUAAGAAUACUGAUCCUGUGGUGUUGUGUUAUUCUGGCGACAGAAUUGGUAGUGACAGAGGAUGCCGGUGUUCUGGAACACCGGUUUGCUCAGCCUGACGUUCCUUAACACACCGCACUGGUUAUUUCAGGCAAUUAGAUGCCUGAAGUAGCUUCCGAGGCCACAGUGAAUGACAUUAGUUGAAUGCUUCCACCUGUCACACCUGUCCUGUAGACGUGCCUGUAGGCCAUGGUUGUUUCUCAUACCCUCCAGGUAACAAUGCUAUCUAGCUUUCUCAGCGUGUGUCUUCAUCUCUUAUUCUACGGUGACGCUGUCUUUUCUUCAUCACUAGGCAGCUUGGUCGGGUGUUGUAAAAUGACAGUGACGUGCUGUCAGUGAUCAUAGGGGUUUGCUUUGCUUACUGUAGAGCUUACUAAUAAUAAGAAAACUAAUUGAAAGGGUCAGGCUAAAAACUGAAUUUUUCUUAUAGCUAAUAUUAGUAAAUAUUUCCUGGAUAGUAACGUGCUCUUCUUUUCCAAAUGCAGCUCUAGUGCAGUGCACAGGCCUUUCCUGGGUGUGGACUAUUAUAUGGCUCAGGGGACAGAGUUAUAAACACUGGGUGUUGUGUGGUGGACUGACUUAUCUUUUCAUGAUGAUGUAAUAGAAAGUUGAGUGGGGAUAGCGACAGACUGCCGACCUGUCCAGGGUGUACCCUACCUCUUGCCCUAAGACAACUGGGAAAGGCUCCAGCGCCCCCCCGCGACCCUGAAAAGGAGAAGCGGAAGGGAAUGGAUGGAUGAAAAAGUUGAGGGAAUAAACUGUCAUCUCUGCAAAUCAUACUUUCAUUAAACCCGAAACUAAAAUCAAGCCAACGGCCAAAAAUGCCUGCUGUCUAUUUUUCCCCUUAUGAGUUCAGUAUUGAUCAGUGUAGCUGCUCCCUCACAUACAUGUUGACUUCAAAAGCAUGAACUUAUGUGUGAAUGCACCAAAAACAAAUGUUAGAUCCAGAAAUGCCUGUGGUUGGAUCAGUGGUUGCAGGGCUCGCAAAAUCGCUAGCCCGACGUCCCGGGGCUAGCGAUAUUUCCAGUCGGGCUACCAAAAUCUAUCUCAGCCCUGCCCGUCGGGCUAUCAUAGGAAGGGAAAAUAUAUGUCAAUGCCUUUGCUUUCUUUCGCAAAUGUAGCUGAGUAAUUAUGUCAUUGGCAUCGAUGAGCCUCUGUCAAUAUCUGCCGUAUUGAAAUCGCAUUUGAAUUUGCGCUUGUUUUUUACCUUCAGUUUCACUUUGCGAUCGCGCAAACUGUGUAUAGAGAGUGGCAGUAUUGAUUGGUGAGUGACGAUUAAUUGCGCACCAAUUCCUCGGCAAUCCUGUUAUCAUUUGUAGCAGCGACAGGUAAUAAACCAGUCCUCAUCAAAGAACAGUGCUCUUUAAUGAAUGCAGCACAUAACUUUACAUCGUAGAGGUAACGGAGACGCAUCGAGUUAUCAGUUAGAAUAUAGUUAAGACGGCUAACUCUACAGUUUCCCGACUGCACUUUCCUCUUAUUUGAUGACAACACCCUCUAGUGGUGCAAUAUGGUAUAGUCAGACAGGACACAACAUCACUUACUAGCUUACUCUUCAAACGUGGCAAGUGAAAUCUCCCGCAGCAAGCUUAAACGUGCUAGAGGUUGAUUGCGCAGAGAAUUUAAAAAAAAAAAAUCACUGGCAUGUGUAAAGACAGAUGGAUUUACGCAGGUAUUUUAGUUCUGCUGAGCCAAAAAAGACAGGUCAGGAUGAAGAAGGGACAGGCAAAGAAAGGCCGACCACAAAGCGGAAAAGUUACGACAAAUCAGACUACGAGGCAAAAAGAAAGCGCAGUUUUUUGGUUUCAUGGACAAAAGAAUUUCUGUGGCUGGAAUAUGACGAGCUAAAUAACAUGAUGUCCUGCCGGGUGUGUCGUGAGUUUCCCUCGAUUUCUGAGUCGACAAGCACCUUUGUUACUGGGACCAGUAAUUUUAGGAAAGACCCCAUCAGAACUCAUGAGAAAUCUCUGCAUCACAAGAAAUGCAUUGGUGCUCAGUCUGCAGCAUCUGUCCCAGAACAAACACCAAUUGCAAAAACCAUACUAAAAAUAAACCAAGCACAACAAGAAGUCCUGAAAAAGCUGUUUAGAGCAGCGUACUAUGUUGCAAAGAGUGAACUACCACUGGCAAAAUUUAGCAGUCUUUGCAAACUUCAGAAAGCAAAUGGCCUCGAUCUUGGUUCCACUUACCUCAAUGACCAUGCUUGCAGAGAGUUUAUUGGAGCAAUAGCACAAACUUCAAGAGACCAGAUUGAAAAGGAAAUUCAAGAAAGCAGGUUUUUAUCCAUUCUUGCAGAUGGCAGUACAGACACUGGUAUAAUAGAACAGGAGUUGGUUCACGUCAGGUAUGUGAGGGAUAAUGGUGACAUAUCCACAUACAUGAUCAAAUGUCAGCCAGUCAAGAGUGCAAAUGCUGCAGGUAUUUUAGAGGCUAUUGAUGAAGCAGUGAACACCAUGGGUAUCAGAGAAGACACAUGGAAAAAGAAAGUAGUGUGUGCAAAUUUUGAUGGUGCUGCAGUGAUGAUGGGUGAGAAAAAAGGAGUAGCUGGGAGACUGAAACAGAGGAUACCUCACAUCAUAACAAUCCACUGGGUGGCACACAAACUAGAGCUAGCCGUGCUGGAUAGCGUGAAAGGCUGUGAGUACCUGGUGAAAUUUGAAGAUACACUGAAAACCAUCUUUAAGAUGUACUACUAUUCCCCAAAGAAGCGAAGAGAGCUGACAGAAAUAAGUGAACUGCUAAAUGAGAAGAUGGCACAUUUCAGUGGCCUGAAGAGCACACGGUGGCUUCCAAGCCGGCUGAGAUGUCUAAAGGCUGUGGAAAAAAAUUACACUCCCACUGUUGUUCAUAUGGAGAACAUGGCAGAAGGAAGUGAUGUCAAAGCCGAGGAUGCAGCCAAGGCUAAGGGGGUGGUGCAGGAGAUGAAGACUGAGAAAUUUGUUCGCUUCCUGCAUUUCAUGUUGGACUACAGUACCAUCUUAUCCAAGUGCUGUACUGAUUUUCAGCAUGAUAACCUAAACAUCACACGAACAAAUCAGUUAGUUGAGAGCACAACAUCACGCUUACUCAGCCUAAAAACAAAACCAGGAGAAUAUCAGAAAACCUUGGACACAAAGUUCACAGCGAACCAGGAUGGUAGCAUUUGCUACUGUGGAACUCAGCUAACAAAAAGUCAGCGACCUGCUAGAAGAGGUGAGGGAACAGACCAAGACACCUUUGGUGCAGAGAUCCAGAAGAUUAUUGACAACACAGUCAAGGACAACAGAUUUAAAAAUCUCCAUGAAAAGCCUCUCUCUUGUUUCAAGGUUUUUGACCCUUGCACUCUUCCCUACCCCAGAGAAGAACUAGCAAAUUAUGGGGAUGAAGAGGUGGAUUAUCUUGUCACACAUUUUGCCUGUUUGCUAGAUGCAGACGAGAAAGAGAAAAUUCCACAAGAAUGGAUGGAUCUAAAAGUGUGGCUUGCAGAACGCCGGGGUCGCAAAGUAGAUUGCUUGUACAGAGAUCUCCUCUCUGACAAUCCAGAACACUUCUCUCAUAUCUUGUUGCUGGUGAAAUUAAUGCUGACACUUAGUCCAUCAACAGCCAUCUGUGAGAGAGGAUUUUCUUGCAUGAACCGAGUGAAGACAACACAUCGUACCUCUCUACACCCUGAAACACUGAAUGACUGCAUGCAACUCUCCAUUAAUGGGGAAACAGUUGAAUCUUUUUGCCCUGACAAGUCGAUUCGUUUCUGGAUGUUUUUUGGAAAAGGUUCAAGACACCUGGAUCAUAAAACCCCGACAAGAACAAAGAGCAGUGAAAUGGAGGGCAAUGCACAGGAAGAGAAAGCUGAUAAAGGAGAUGCUAUGCCCUCAACGUCGAGUGGCAUUUUCUCAUCCGAGACUUCAGUGGAAAUUUCAGAUUCAGGAUCUGACACAGACUAAUUCAUGUUCUACACAGUUCUAACAAGUUCACAGAAAUUUCGGUUUAAUUAGAACCAGAUAUUUGAGUUGAUUGUAAUGUUUAUACAGUUGUUGUAAUUUGUGUUUUAACAAUUUUUUGAUUGAUGUUUUGUUUCCUUUACAAUAUUAUACAAUAAAAAUAAUCUUUUUUUAUUCGUGCUACUUAAAUUUAUUUUGGGCUACCAAAAACUAAAGAGUGCCUGCCCGAAGGGCUACCAGGGAUGUUGAAAUUUUGCGAGCUCUGGGUUGCUUUCCUCUCGAGUAAUCUUGCAGGUUCUGUUGAUCAGUAAUAUUAUAUAAUGCAGGAUUUCUUUUGGUGUUCUCGUAGAUAACACAGUAAACAUACUAGAAGAAACAAGGACCCUUUUCAUACAUAUGGUGGUCCAUAAUCUUUUGGCUGAUUUCUUUGUCACUGAACAAAAUCUCUUAUCCUGUUAAAAGUCAGUUCUUAUCCCGAUAACGAUAUACACAAUGACAUCUGGUGAGAAUUUCAUGUAAACAGCAUUUCAAAAUAUAUUUACUUAGAAAAUUGGUGACGUGUUCAACACUUAUUUUACCGACUGUAUAUCAUCAUAUAGUGCAUUUUUGUAAAUUCAGUGAAUAGUCUAUAUAAUUACAACAUGGAAAGUACUGUUUCUUUUUUACAUUUCAGUUAAAUUAUCAAAAACACUUGGCGACUAGUAAUGUAAAUAUAAAACAUGAGUGUAUAAAAUCUAAAACACUUUUCAAUAACAAAUGACCAAAGGCCCAACAUAAAAUACCAAAUGCCAAUGAAAUAGAAAUUACAGCAAUAUAAGGCUCACAGCAUAUAUUUAAUAUAAAAAUAUCAAAACACUUACAACUACAUAAGGCUAAUAAACACUUAAGAGAAAAUAAAUAUGGGAGUUAUCAUUUACUUAUUUAUAUGGCACAUUUAAUUAUAACAGCAACAAGACCAAAGUGCAGUACAAAAAUACAAAAUAACUUGUUUAUUUUCCACAUAAACCUUUCAUAAUAAUGCUGACGAUCCUGUUGAGAUUUUUCAAAAUAAACUGAAUCAUGUGAAAUAGUAUACAGUGUGUUUACGGAUGAGAAGCUAAAAAGAGCCUCCAGGUGCUAAAAAAUAACCGUUAGAACAGGCUUUUCCCCGCAGCAUGCCAUGUAAUAAAUACUCACGAAGAAAAUUGCGGCCGUUUUAACUUACGUAACACUCGACUCCAGGUACACGACGCCCAGCUGAAAACACUUCAUGCAAGUCGAGUUGCCCGAGAUUCACAGAAUUUACAGAAAAUGUAAAAUUUUUGUGAUAUAUAUCGUUGUCGGGACGAUAAAUGUCUUAUAUCGGGAUAUAAGAUUUUGGUCAUAUCGCACAGCCCUACCAAAUAACUACUAAUAUUAGUACCAAACACCAGUUAUGUUGCAUCAUAUGCAGUGGCACAUACCAGAUGACAGUCACACAGUUCUUAUGAUUCAAACCUCUGGCUAUCAUGUCUCCUCUGUGGUGGUCACAAAAAUAGCCCGUCUGCAAACAUUGACGACAGAGUGUCCAGUCUUGGUUUAAUGAGUUGGGGCUGCUGUAGCUGAGGUGCUCGAGCAGGUCAUCUGCUAAUCUGAACGUUAGCGGUUCCAUCCAGUCUAUGUCAAAUAUCCUCGAGCAGCUAAUAUAAGAUAAUUACCCCAAGUUGCUCUCCGAUGCAUCCACUGGUGUGUGAAUCUCAGAUAGGCAAGUUGCAUAAAGCACUUUGAGUGCUCAGAUAAAGUAGAAAAGUGCUAUAAAAGAACCAGUCCAUCAAUAGAUGUGCUGUUCAGCUUGUUGUUGCACUCAUAAUAUAAAUGCAGCUGAGUCCUAUGUAUCUGGAAUCAGUGAUUUUUGCAUAGGUCUUAAAAGGCCAGUUUUGUAAAGUUUGUGGGGAUCGGUUUGCUGCAUAAUUUGCACAGUUAAAUUUUCUGCUCCGUAUCAGAUUUUUCAUAACAAUGUCAAUGCUACAGAGGAAGCCCCUUGUUUAGGAAUGGACACCCCAUUUUCUUUUGGCUGGUUCUUUUGUACUGCUGAUGUUCUUCUGCAAACUGUCAUCCAAAGUGAUGAAAAAGUAUUGCAGUAACUGUGUAUUUUGUGACAGCAGAGUCUGUGCAAUGUCUGUCAUACUGCGCAGACCUACAGCCAAAAGCUGCAGAAGCCUAUCAACGGUUCCAUCCAGUGUUAACCUGUAGAGCAGGCUUAAGUGCUUUAGUUGAAGGAUUGUUCUAAUGCAAGCCCCCCAAACACAGGGACACACACACAAAUACAAAAUAGUGUAGAGGGGAAUCUAUGAGUAGCACAGAGGUGUAUUACAACAUGUAGUUAGUUUUCAUUUUUAUUCAUUAUUAGGUUAGUGUAUGAAAUUGGUUUGCUCAUAUUGGUUUACAUGUAUUUUUAAGUUUAAUUUGUGUUAGCUUCAGUAUUAGUUUUGUUUUUGUAAUAUUAUGAGCUGUUUUUGUCAAAGGCCAAAUUUAGAUGAGUGCACGAGUCCACGAGUAGUCUCAUCAGAUUCAUGCAUCAGUGGCUCUCUUUCACUGUAAGUGUUGAUAAGUGUGAUAAAUGUUUGGCACAUUUCCAGACCAGAAACUAUUUAGCAAGAAUUUCAGUAUAACUGACAGUCCUCUUAUUGCAACACCAUAGGGUGUGUUCCAUUGACUCCAACACUCAUAAACUGGCAGCGUAGUUGUUUUGUCUGAUGUUUCUGCCCCUUGUUUUACCGUCUUGUGCCAGAUACGAACUUUGACUUCCCCCUUUGUAGUUGAGCUGGCAGACGAUUUAAAUUUGAUUAGGUGAAGCAGCUGAUUUGUUUAACAAAGUAACUCCAACUGCAGGUCAGUCUGUAGCUCCACAGAAGUCAUGUCUGAGGGGACUUUAGUAUAUUAAGUCAAGAGUGAACCAGACAUUCAAAUUCAGAGAAAAUGUAAGCAAACUUUGCCUCAGAUUUAAAA